AUGAAUGGUCAAGCUCAACCAGGAGGUAUGCCGUGGGCUGGGCAAGGCAACUUCAACGCCUUCCCGCAAGCCAUGAUGGGCAUCCAGCCCACAGCUGCUACCUCCGGAGGUUUGCCUGAUGGAGGAUGCGGGAUGUCCUUCCCAGCUGCCAUGCCAGGGGUUCAGGGCAUGCCUGGCCUUACCACAGGCAUUCCUUCAGAGUUGCAGCAGCAGAUGGUGAUGAUGCAACAACUGCAACAUCAGCAACAGUUGUUGCAGCAGCAGCUGCAGCAGCAGCAACAGCAGCAACCGCCGCAACAGCAGGCCCCUCCACCGACGCCUGGUGCAGACAAGGACCAGCAGGAAUUCACUUUGGUCGUGGACUCUCUGAGUUCUGCAGAGAGAGGGUAUUACUCCACUCUGUGGGGUAUUGCCUGUCCAAGUGGUGAGACGCUGGCUGGAAAGGCUGCCUUUGACUUUCUUUCCAAGUCGCAGCUGCCUCGCGAGAUCCUGAAGCGAAUCUGGGACAUCUCCGACCGGCAGAAGCGUGGUCUCGGAUGGGAGGAGUUCGUGGUGACCAUGAAGCUGAUCUCGGCUGCGCAGAAGAAGCAGCUGGUCUCUUUGGACCGGGUGCUCCAAACGACCGGGUCGACCUCGAGGGACUUUCCUGCCUUCGACGGCAUCGACCUCCCGGCAGACUCGGGUGAUCCAGCCGCUCAGGAGCCCGCACGCGGAGAUGUCUUCGCGGAGUUCGCCGCACUGGCUCCUGCAGCAGAAGGUCCAGUGGCAGGUGGCGCAAGCAUUGCUCCGGUGGAUGCAGUGCAGGAGCCAGCCAGUCAGAUGCAGCCGAGCAUGGGCCCCGGCACCGCACAGCCGGAGAGCCAAGACGAAUGGGCGUCUUUCGACUUGCCGGCACAAUCCGGGCAGCCCGAUGCAUCAUUGCCGAGUGCGGCUUCCGGUGCUGCAACGGCUGCCACGAACCAUGCGGCAGAAGAAGGAGAAUGGGCGUCCUUCGACUUCCCGGCACAGCCAUCGUCGGCAUCUGGAGGUGCAGCCGCACCGGCGAAGCCAAGCCCAUCUCCGCAGUGGGAUGCCGUCGAUGAGCUGGAUGAGAGUCGGCAUUCAGCAGGCCCCAGUGCUGCAAACGACAAGUGGGAUGCCUUUUCGGGUGCCAUGGAGGAGCCACGCGGCGACGCAGGCUCCGGGCAAGCUGGACAAAGCGGCAGCCGACCGGCAGAGUCGGCAAGCAACGGGGAAUGGGCGUCCUUCGACUUCCCGGCACAGCCAUCGUCGGCAUCUGGAGGUGCAGCCGCACCGGCGAAGCCAAGCCCAUCUCCGCAGUGGGAUGCCUUCGAUGAGCUGGAUGAGAGUCGGCAUUCAGCAGGCCCCAGUGCUGCAAACGACAAGUGGGAUGCCUUUUCGGGUGCCAUGGAGGAGCCACGCGGCGACGCAGGCUCCGGGCAAGCUGGACAAAGCCGACCGGCAGAGUCGGCAAGCAACGGGGAAUGGGCGUCCUUCGACUUCCCGGCACCUGCAGCCUCGCCGUCCUCGCCUUCAGAUUGGCCCUCCGACAGCGCGGCACAGCCAUCGUCCUCAUCUCGAGGUGGUGCUCCAGUGUCAACGCCUGCAGAUGCAGUGGCGGAGAUGCUGGAUGUCGAUGAUUUCACCUUGCGGGCUGCCCCAGGGCCUUCCGCUCUGAGCUUCCCUAGGCCGCCGGAAAGUCUCGGCCGAGCCUUCGAAGCUUUCGGCAGAGAGGAGGACUUGGAUGCAAGCAACGACUCCGAGGCUGACAGCCUCGUGCGGAGCCUGUGUGCCCUGGGCCGAUUCGAAGAGGCCCUGCGCUGCAAGGCGAACGGAGAUGUUCUAAAGCGUCUGCAGCAAGCAGAGGACAAGAAGAAGGACGCAGUGGCCAAGGACGACUUCGAGGGGGCAAUCCAGAUCCGCACGGAGAUCAAGGAGCUGAGCAACGCCGUGGAGUCCGACGAGGUGACCGAGGCGUGGAGACGUCUCGUGGAGACUGGCGAUGGCGACAAGAGCCUGGAGCGGGCAGCGGAGCAGCUGCAAGAGAGGUGUCAAUGGAUGGGCGACUCAGUCAGCAGUGCGGCUUUGGAAGUUGCAGUGAGCAACUUCAGGUCCGCUUGUCCCGAGCCUCGUCCCAACUGUCUCCAUGUGCUGCCCAGCCUCGUGCGGCAGCAGCGCCGAGCAAGGCAGAUGUGCCGGGCGAUUGAGGCAUUGACCUCGCAGAAUGUCCUCGAUUUUUUGCAGGCAACUCUGGUGAGCAUCAAAGCAUUGCGCGACCUUCUGGUGGAGUGCUCCACAACGAUGUCGCAGCUGGCGGAUCGCGAUUGGUCCGAGGAGGAGCGCGAGUGCGUUCAAGCGAGCGACGAGAUGCCGGAGUUCCUGCUGGGGUUGUCGGCUCUCCGAAGGCUCCUCUGGCGACUGGGCCUUGCAGCCGAGCUGUUCAUGUCAGACAGUGAAGUGCCAGCAGGCAGCCCAGAUGCCAAGGCACUGCAGGAGUUGCAAUCCGACAUGGCUUCCAGCCUGGCGGCAGCCAAGGCGUCCUGGGCAAAACUCGAAUCCGACGUGCUUGGCUUGCGGCUCAAACUGGAGCCCUGGCACGAGGCCACGUGCUUUGAGGCUGGCGGAUCUACCGCGGACAGCAACAUGGAUCUGCUCCGGACGGCCCCACUUUGCCCGUUCUGCCUUCUGCCCUGUGUGCCCUUGGCUCUGGAGGCAGAGGUUUCGAGUCUUGAUCCUGGUGCCGCCUCGGUGCCAUGGAGGGGCGGCCACUGGCACGUUCAAUGUGCGAACUUCUGGCUGAGGCAUGGACGCACCUCGGAGGCUUUCAAGGCGAGCGGAAUGGACGAUCCGUUUAAAGCCUUCGCCGUGGCAUUUUCGAGCCCAUCGCGAUUGUCAUCCUUGGCUUGA